UAGCAAGAUUUCCAGGAUCCAGUCGCUUUUCAAUGUCCUCGCUUCGCUUCCUCAUCUCUUUGAUGGUUACCGUAUUCUGCAUUUGAUAUUAUUGCCAUUCGUCACUCUUCUAUUCCCACACUCAUUGCUACGCGCUACAAUCUCUCGUCUUCAUUCAUUUCCCGCUGCGGCUUGCUUGCUUCGCGAUAGAGCGUGCGGGUACUGCGGCAGUCUACUACUCCUUUAAUGAACGGGGCCAUUUGGGAACACAUUAUAUCAUUGAGGACCACCGCGCGACUCUAGUAUCCGUAUUUUGGGCGCAUAUACUAGUCAGGCACAAGACUCACCUCUCCUCAACGCCAAUUCACUACCCGUCUUCACAAUGGCCUGGGGCUUCCGUCGGAAAGAGACGGUGGAUGACUACAUUGGCAUCCUCAUACCGCUCGACAAAGCACAUCUCUACAGUCACUCUGCCAAGCAUGGCAAGUUGAACUACGAACAUGUCAACGAUGCAGACAUGGAGGAGCUUCUGGACGAUGUGGAGAUGCAAGAACGGCAGGGCGAGGAUGAGCAUGAGACGGAGAACGAGACGAGGGGGAUGCUGCAGACGAGAGCUUUCGAAUACAGUAUCAAAGGCUUGAGGGCAGAGACGCGUCGAGGGCAGGGCUCCGGACGCAAUGGGUCGUGGACGCCUUACGAGAUCAAGUCAAAAUUGAUCAACAAGGCGAUACAGGACAUUGGGAUGGGACGAUACAACUGGCAGCUUUUCUUUGUCUGUGGCUUCGGCUGGUUUGCCGACAACCUCUGGUUGCAGGGCGCGUCUCUAACACUGCCCUCGCUGUCGGCUAGGUUCGACAUUGGCGAGAAAGAGGUGCGAUAUACCACGAGCGCCUUGUUCUUAGGUCUUUCCCUGGGCAGUUCCGUCUGGGGGAUCGGCUCGGACUACACGGGGCGGCGCAUCCCCUUCAACACCACGCUGCUCAUCGCCGCCAUCUUUGGCAUGGCCUCGGCAUUCACCCAGAGCUGGGCUGGCGUCUGCUUCACCUACGCCGCGCUCGGGUCCGGCGUGGGUGGCAGCCUACCGGUGGACGGCUCAUUAUUCCUCGAGUUUCUGCCAGACGCGAAUAGCUCGCUUCUGACCAUGCUCUCGGUGUGGUGGCCUGUCGGGCAGCUCGUCUCGUCUCUCAUUGCCUGGUACACCAUGGCCAACUGGCCAGUCGACGAGGGCUGGCGUCUCUUCAUGGCUACAAUUGGCAUCAUGACCUUUGCCAUGUUCGCCGUCCGCUUCUUCAUCUUCCGCCUGCUCGAGUCACCCAAAUUCCUGCUGAACCAAGGUCUUCAAGAUGAGGCCGUGGCGGUCGUUCAUGCCAUCGCCUACCGCAACGGCACCAAGACGUGGCUUACGUCCGAGAUCCUCGACGAGGUUGCUGGUACAGACGACGCGAGUGCGGACCGGCUUCGACCGCAGCCGACAGGAGGGCUCAAGGAGAAGCUGUCCAAGUUCUCGGGAGACAAAAUGAACCAGCUCUUCAAGGAACCAAAGCUGCGUCUGGCGACAAUCCUCAUAUGGACUGCCUGGGCUGCCAUUGGCAUGGGCUACCCACUCUUCGCUGCCUUCCUCCCCCAGUACUUCUCCAAGUACAGCAACGCAGACGUCCAGUCCGAGACCUCCAGUAUCUCGGGGGAGACCUACCGCAACUACGCCAUCACGUCCAUCUGCGGAGUCCCUGGCAGCGUCCUCGCCACGUGGCUCGUCGACCAGAACUCGCGCUUCCUCGGGCGCAAGGGCACGCUGGCCUGCUCGACCCUUCUCUCGGCUGUCUUCCAGCUCGCGUUCGUGGUCUGGGGCACGUCGUCGACACGCCAGCUCAUCUUCUCGUGCGUGGGUGCCUUUACGCAGAACAUCAUGUACGGUGUGCUGUACGCCUACACGCCCGAAAUCUUCCCCGCCCCCGUCCGCGGCGCCGGCACGGGCGUGGCGAGCUUCCUGAACAGAAUCACCGGCCUGUUUGCCCCUGUCCUCGCGGCGAACCUGCCUGGCGAUGCGGCCGAGGGGCCCAUUUACGCGUCUGCUCUCCUGAUCGCGGUAGCUUUCGUGAGCAUGUGCUUUAUCCCGAUUGAGACGCGCGGGGCGCAGAGGCUCUGAUAUUGGUUGCGCUGGAAAGAAUACUUGUAAAGGGGUGUACUAUAUAUAGGACUGGGCAUUGGGCAUAGAGGGUGGCGUCGCAAUUUUCUGGGUAUAUCACAGGACAUGGAGUCCAGGUAUGAAUU